GUUGGAUCCCAGAGAGCUGGAGUUCCAGGCAGUUGUGUACUUUCUGACCUGGCAGCUUUGGAAUUGAACUUGGGCCUUAAUAGCUAAACUCUUAAUGCUCUUAAUAGCUAAACACCAUCUCCAAGCCCAAAAGAUGAGUGGGACCUUUAAGAGAAGGACCUAGUGCCAGGAAGUGAUGUCAUAAAGUCCACACAAGGAGAAGGAUUAGAGCUUAAUUCUCUUCCCUUGUAUUCUUUUGUCACCCUGCCCUGCUGCCCUCUCACCCUUCCUUCCUUUCCUCCUCCCACUCUCCCUCCUGCCCUCUUCCCUCUAGCCCUACUUCCCUUCCUCCUCCCUGGUUGUCCCGAGGGGAACAGUUUCCUCCUGUACUGGUUAGAAUGCCUCACUACAGACCCAUGGGGCCAGCUGACCACUAACUGACAUCUCCGAAGCCAGGGGCCUACACAAGCCUUUCUGUUCUAUAAGAAGGCCCCCUCUGAUGCUCUGUUCCUGUGACCGCCCUCACCUGCUCUCCCAGGGAACGGUGCCUUGUCCUACCUGCUUUACCCACAGAGGACAGCUGGUCCAGCUCUGAGCCUGCCUCACACCAUAUGGAAUAAUUUCCCCAGCUCACUGGACUGGGGGUUAACUGCAGAGAGGAAAGAAUACAGAUGGUAUUAGUUUUUAGUGGGAGGUGUGAUGAAACGGAGGGAAAUUCUCCCAAGAGCUUCCCACCGGGCCAGAGAGAUGGCUCAGAGGGUGAAGGCUACCCAGGCCUGAGAGCAUAUGAGUUCAAACCCUGGGACCCAUGUGGUGAAAGCGGCGGAAUCCCUAGAUGUGGCAGGCUGACCUGUAGCGUGUGUGGGGAAAACGAUGUAGCAGAAACUGAUGAAGAAUACUUUGUCUCACUCAGAGAAGUUUCUCCCAACAGUGGAUGGCAGAUCACCCAGGACUGGCAACUGACCGAAGGACAGCGAGUGGGAGACAAUUUGACUCAUAAGGCCAUGGCUUUGGAGCCAACUGAAAUGCCGAAUGGUCAGGCAGCAAAGGACUAUGAGGCUGACGCUGAGCUGCAAAGGAAUGAGGAUGGUGGUCCUCUGGAUGGAGAUUUGACUGAUAAGGAAAAAGUGCAAGUUGACGACGAUGCUCUGACAAAUGAGGAACGUAUAUUUUUAGAACAGUUCCACAGCUGGAAAGAGAAGGAAAAGAAGUGCAUUAGAACUCUCUACGCCAUCGCAGACUACAUUGACAAAAGCCACCAAAAAGCCACCAAGACCAAAGUGGCGGCUACUUCUGCGUCAGUCAUCUCUGGAGCCAUGUGUCUCCUGGGUUUGAUGCUUGCUCCGACAACUUCGGGGGGAAGCCUGAUGCUCACUGCUGCCGGGCAAGGUUUGGGGGCAGUUGCUGGGGUCACCAAUAUCGUGACCAACGUGAGGGAAAACUGUCGAAAUAAAAAAGCCCUGGCUCAGGCCAAUAGCAUCAUACCUAGUAAUGACCAGGAGCUCAAGGAGAUCAAGGGAGAGAGGACGCCCUAUGUCACAGCCACCGGUGAGGUUGUCUACAAAUGUGGGAGAGCCUGGGAAAUCAUCAAAAAGCACCUCCGAGCCCUCCGGCUAACCAAAACACAACCGCAUGUCACCUCAGCCGCCAAGAAGCUCAUGACCUCUGGCCAAGUAUCAGCCCGAAGCGGCAGGCAGGUGCGAAAGGCCUUUGGGGGGACAGCCCUGGCUAUGACCAAAAAUACUCUCAUGAUGGAACGUUUAGCUUCCCUCUACUUCCUUGGCCGGGACAUAUGUGCUCUCUCGGAGGACUGGAAGGACCUGAAGGCUGGAAGGCCGACAGAUCUUGCAAAAUUGUUGAGGACGCGAGCUCAGGAGCAGGAGCAGGUGGUAGAAGAAAAAAACCGUUGCUACGAGAGGCUGAAGAAGAGACUGGAGAAGAGGUCUGCGAAGUCUUCUUUGAAAGGAGCCAAGGGGACUCAGCCUCCUCCUCUAGCCUCAUUGGAGAAAGCAAGAUCCAGAAGACAGUGGCGAAGAGGCGCUGAGACUGAGACCGUGGGUCUUUGAGAUCAAAGAAAGGGGACCAGGGUGUGGGUAGAAGGAGGCUCAUACACAGAGAGGUACCAGGGAGGUCCCUAAGGUCUCUGAAGGGAGAGCCCUGUCAACCCUGCUCUUGACCCGCCCUUUCUUUUUCACCUUGACUCAACCACCGAAUUAAACUCCCCCCCACACACACCCGUGGUCUCCAUUGAUCAUUUGCACGGCACCUGCUAAACUUAAGACAGCUCUUGCCUCCUGCCGGCUUUCAUAGUAAUUAGCCAUGAUAAGGCGUGAGGGUCCCUCCCCCAACCCCACCUCUCUCUGUGCUCUCUUUCUCCCCUACUCAGUGGGAACUGAUGGCACAGAGCCAGCUUUGCACACAAAGGCUGUCAGCAGAACCUGCUGGGCCAGAUUCUGGGGGAAGGAGAGAGGGCAGCCUGCCCUCACCUCCUCUGCCCCGGUGUCCUGAGCCUUCAGCAGUCACGCGUGGGUGGUACAACACUUAAAAUAAGACAAAACAACAUAAUGCGCCCCGGGAAGGAAAGGUUAGGGGAGGAAACAGCACAGGAUUGGGACUGUGGGCCUUGCACAGAGGGCUUCCUGGGUUCUCUCUCCUCGGGCUGUCCACUACUGUCAUUAGACUCUCCAGGGCCCCUCCCAUCUAGUGCCCUGUAGAAUCGCCUGAAACCCCACCCCCCCCACCCCGUAGUCCCCAGAACUGCCAGAGCUCACCCCUUUACACAGCAGAUGCGAUAUGUUGGCACACAAAGGGUACCGGGGGCACACACAGGUCAUAGGUGAGCGUCCCCACCUCAGAGGCAGGAGAAUAAGGGUGCGCACCGAGGUCAGGAGCUGAACCCUCCGGCUGCUCCCUGUGGGCUCUGCUCUUUGGAAGGGGGCCAGGUAAGAGUGCAGGGAGCAUUCUCAUUGGUCAGGAUCAGGUCCCCCUGGGAUGAACCCAGAAGGAGAAGAAAGUGGGCUCUGUGUGCGGUCCCCUUUCCAGCGUGUUGAGGUCCUUGUAGUGAAAUGACCAUUUGUUUGUAAAUCCAGUGAGCUACAGGUGUCAUGGAAUUCUAGUAGGGUCACUGCAGCUAGGGUAAAUAUUAGCGCGAAACGGGUGUUUUUCACUGCAUCCAGGGUAGGCAUCAGAAUGAACAGUCGCCUUUAGAAGUGCUUUGACCUUUGGAAUUAGUGUAGGAAAACAGUGAUUGUUUUCUGUUACCUGCAGAGUUGCUUUCUUCUGAAGGAGCUUUACAGCCUUUGCAUGGCCUCAGUCACAAAACCGUCCCCCGCACACCUGGACCGUGUCGCAUUAUUGAGUACCGCCAACAGUGCACAAUCAGCACUAAAUUUGCAGCUGUUUUCCUUCCCAAAGCCUUUAUAUUAGUUUAGGGGCCCUGAUACAAGGAACUCCUUUUACCCCCAAAACAACUUUUCUGUAACAAAAAAUAAUUAUGCUUCUGUGUGGCUGUUCAAGGUUCAGUUCGUGGAGACUGUUCUUUCCUGCUGCCUCAGAGGCUGAGUACACUCUGGAGGGACCCUCUCUCUCUUUGAUCAAUCAGAGCGACAAACUGUCGGAAAAGAAAUAUAAACUAAUGAAACUGGGCAGUGGUGGUGCAUGUUAUUAAUCCUAGAACCCAGGAGGCAGAGGCAGGCAGAUCUCUUAUGUUCCAGGCCAGCUGAGUCUACAGAGUGAGUUCCAGGACAGCCAGGGUGACACAGAGAAACCCUGUCUCAAAUAAAAUAAAAAAUAAACUAAAAUAAACCUAAAUUUAAAAAAAGCAAUAAACUA